AGCUGUGGCUGCUCCGCACCUCCUUGCAUCGGUGUGGCACCGCUGACAGUAGUGCCAGUGGCCAGCUGUGCGCGUCGAGUGUGGCAGCGUAUUUAUUAAUUGAGCCACGCUUGAUUUGUACAACUUUAUAAACAUGGUAUUCGAUGUCAGAAGGUUUGAUAUCUACCGCAAGAUUCCAAAAGACCUCACACAGCCCACGGUAACCGGCGCUGUGAUAUCCAUCUUGAGUUGCUUCUUCAUCUCCAUCCUCUUCCUGUCCGAGUUCAUCUCCUAUAUGUCACCGGAACUGGUCAGUGAGCUCUAUGUUGACAACCCAAGUAGCGCGGACAAGAUCCCAGUUUCGAUCAACAUCACUCUCCUCAAGCUCGACUGCAGUGUGGUGGGCCUCGACAUUCAGGAUGAUAUGGGCCGGCAUGAAGUUGGUUUUGUGGAAAACACAGAGAAGACACCUGUAGGUUCUGGAUGUCGCUUUGAAGGAAAGUUCUUCAUACACAAGGUGCCAGGAAACUUCCAUGUGUCUACGCAUGCAGCUGCAAAGCAGCCAGAUAAGAUUGACAUGACUCACAUCAUCCAUGACCUCACAUUUGGUGUAAAAAUGACUGAUGAAGUGCGUGGCAGCUUCAACUCCUUGGACGAAAUGGACAAGUCUGGAGCCAAUGCAAUUGAAUCGCACGACUACGUCAUGAAGAUUGUUCCUACUGUGUACGAAAAGUCCAAGGGCGAGCGGAUAGAGUCCUACCAGUACACGUAUGCCUACAAGAGCUACGUGUCCAUCUCUCACUCGGGACGCAUCAUGCCUGCCAUCUGGUUCCGCUACGAUCUCACUCCCAUCACGGUCAAGUACACCCGUCGUAGCAUACCUCUGUACAGCUUUCUUACUUCGGUCUGUGCUAUUGUUGGUGGGACAUUCACCGUGGCGGGCAUUGUGGAUUCCCUGGUCUUCACAGCAUCUGAAGUGUUCAGGAAGUUUGAAAUGGGCAAGCUCAGCUAAAGGCGUGCGUGGGACAAAGCCACAGCUUCUGAUGAUCUGAUGAUGCUGCUGUCUUCCUUCACUGCUUGCUCUGUUACUCACUUGUGCCUGCACUCCACGUAGUGAAAAGAUUUAUGAAAUGACUGCCUGCAAGGAAUGUCUGCUAAAAGGAACGCAAGAAAUGGAUUAGAUGGUGUGUUCUAGGUGCAUGUUGUGUGCAGGCACGAUCGGGUGGCCAAGAGGGAGCAGUGGCUCGUGAGAUUUCCUUUCUAUUGCACAGCGCAAGAACUCGUCAUGGUGCAAGGCUGGCGUGACGAACAGCUGGUCUAGUGCCUGGAACUUGUUUGCUGUCAUGGUGAUAAGGGCACCACAGAGGCCUUUGGGUUUACUCGGUGGAGGGCUAUGCAAGUGCAAGAAGAGUGAAAGAGCUCUCCAAUGAGGUUUUUAUGGAGUGUGAAUCUGGUCCUUUCUGGGUGACUGGAGAGACCACGUUGUUUUUUUGUUAUUUUACCUCCAACACACGGUUACCAUCUACUGCUCAUUCUAUGCAUUACUUUUGUUGUGGAACCCAGAGCAGGGAACAAGUCAUUUUGCGUGAAUGUUCUUGGAACUGAUUGUGGUUCUUUCAUUGCUGAAGACAUGUCUGUAUGUUUGUGCAUAUGUGCUUAGCAGGUUUUUGUACUGAGGUUUCUCACAGUGCAGUUUCUUUUGGUAUUUUGUUAUCUGUGCUCAGCUGUUCAGGGCACCAUCUUUUAAAAAAAAAUAUCUAAAUCAGUAUUUAAGCUAUGACAGUGUUUUUUAGUCGCGUUGUUCGUUCAGUUUUUUUUCUUAGGUAUAACAGUAGAUGCAUUAUUUGCAUUAGCUGGAAAUUAAAUAAUGAACUUGUGUUAAGGUUUGCCUAUUACUACAUUUCAUCAAGUUACAAGGUUGAACCUUGACAUGUACAGGUCGGGCUGUUCUGCGCAUCAUGUACUAUAAGCAACGUCCUUCGCUUUAUGCUGCAAGGCAUUUAUAAGUUAAUAUUCUUCUGUGUGAUGCAAAUAAAUUCAUUUCAAAAAGAGUG